AGUCACAACCACGGACACGCUGUUUCUGUUCAGAACAAGCGCAAUCUUUUAACAAAGAUGGAUCGCCGCCAAUGUAGUUGCAACCUGUCGCCGCAGAGUAUGGAUGCCACUGCCCGUUCUUGCAGGCGUUGUUCAGGUCACAGGAUUGAUGCCGGCGGCGACGAAACCGCUGGACUCUUGGAAAGCUUAAAGGCCUUGGUAGAGUUAGUACCUCUACCUUACGCUGGUUGCCUGAGGAAGCUUCGGUCUAGAAGUACAUCUGAUGCGGUGGUCUACCAGCAGGCAUAUUCUGAACCUUCCGGAGCGAGUAGUUCGGCUGCAUUGCCUAAUACGGGGCCCUCUGGUAGAAGAGAUCGUCCAAACCGUGAAUUUCGAAUGGCUACAUACGAACCCAGAUUGCCAUCGGAGAUUGGUAAUUUUGUCAAUCGAGAGAGGAGCCAUCAACGCGGUGUACCCACAGGUCCCGACGGGGAUGGCCAUCAAAGCAGCUCGAGUCGGGGAAGCGAAGACGAGGCGGCAGUGGCCGCAGCUUAUGAAGACCUGCGGAAUGCAGUUAGAGGCUACACUAAUGAGAGGGUGGACGACGAAUUUGAUCUCGUCUGCGCGGCCAGUCAGUACAUUAAAUCCAUGAUGCAAACCCUGAAGGAUAUGCAAGACCGAAAAGAGAGCCCUGCCACUCCGUCAAGCAACAGUUCAGCGAAUACUGAAGCAGGGGAGCCGAUGGCGUGAAACCUCGCAUGUGACGGUGUUCGCAUCCUGUAAUUUUAACCUUAUUUAGACUCCUUCUUCUAGGCGAUACGUUUUACCUAUGGAAUCGCCAUAAUUAAUGUGCGUAAUGUAAAUUUUAGCCAUGGUGCAGUGUCCGAUUUUCUCCUUAAUAUUAAAAAUUUCCCUA